AUGUAGGAAUUUCAUUUAGAUAAUUUAAAUAUAAGCAGUUUGCAAAAUAAAACUGAAAACGAAGAAGAAAAUGUUAAUGUUUUACACUCAUUUCAAAAUACCUAGUUAAAUUUCAAAACAAAAAUGGAAGUACCAAUUUAAAAUAACACAUAAUAAUGUAAUAAUGAGAAAACCAAAGCAUAUACUGAGAUUCCUAUCUAAAAUAACACAUAAUAAAGUUAAUUUAGAGUAAGACCUAGAUCCAAUGUUUUUGGAAAUAAAUAAUAUUAAGAAGCUCUUUAUUACUACGAAUCUGCUAUCAUUUAUUGUUUUAUUGAUAUGGGUUUUGCUAAUAUUUAAUAAUUUAUGGAUUCAUUGAAAAAGAGUCUUAACAAUCUUGUAAAAAGCUAAGAAGAGGAGAAAUAGAAGAUUAUAAUUGUCUGUAUCAGUCUGAUUCUACUCUCUCAUACAAUAAAAGAAGCAAUUAUAGAUAGAAAUGAUGUUAUUUCAAGUGAAGUUAUGGCUUAUAAGUUAUUUGAGAAGAUGCAAACACAAAAAUGUUUAUUAGAUUAAGCAAUUAAAUACACUGAAAUAGUUUUAGAUUUAAUUUAGUACUUAAAAAAUAAAAACUUAAUUGAGUUUACAGAUGACAUUAUAAUAAUUACCUAAGCUAAUUAUUUGGAGUUGAAGAUCCAUAAAUCACCAAUUGAAUAAUUGGAAAAGCUUGUUAAUAAUUUAGAAUAAAAAUUGUCAUCAUAUACAAAUCAUGAAAAUGGAGUAUUAAAGAGAAUCUUAAUAAAAUAAUUUUGA